AUGUUGGCGACGCAAAAUUCUUCUCGCCCGGAUUCGAGGUGUGCGCCAAAACCUGACCUUUGCGCUGCUUUUGAGCGCUUUACUUACGCCGCCAUGCUUCAACCGAGGUUGAGGCCUUGGGCCCUUGGUGGCACGCUAUCUGCUUGCCAGACGGCCAUGCGACAAUGUCUUCAGCGCGGCUACGCCAUGUCGGUGCAAACGCCGCCCAGGAUUGUCACCGAGCCACAGCCGGAUGGUUCAGUCCUCACCUUUCAGCAAGAGCCCGGCCUCAGCAAAGCGGAGCCGACUUCGACGCUGAUGCGAACCUACAAGCCUCGAACCCCCGGUGUCCGUCACCUGAAGCGACCGAUUAACGACCACCUCUGGAAGGGGCGCCCAUAUCUGCCACUCACCAUACCCAAGAAGGGUCAGUCCAAGGGCGGCCGCAACAACACGGGCAGGAUCACGGUCCGCCAUCGCGGUGGUGGUGCCAAGAGGCGUAUACGUACCGUGGACUUUGAUCGCAAGGACCCGGGCCCCCAACUGGUCGAACGUAUCGAGUAUGAUCCCGGUCGAAGCGCGCACAUCGCCCUGUUGACCCACCAGGAGACCGGCAAGAAGUCGUACAUUGUGGCCGCUGAGGGCAUGCGGGCUGGUGACAUUCUGCAAAGCUACCGCGCUGGUAUUCCUCAGGAACUUCUGGACAGUAUGGGUGGUUUCAUCGACCCUGGUAUUCUGGCGUCUAAGACGGCCUUCCGUGGCAACUGCUUGCCGGUGCACCUUAUUCCGUCCCAGACCAUGAUCUACUGUGUAGGGUCAGCGCCGGAUAGAGGCGCUGUUUUCUGCCGGAGUGCUGGCACUUACGCCGUCAUCGUGGCCAAGGAUGAGGAGGUCAAGGCCGACGGUUCCAGGGUCAUGACGGGCAAGUAUGUGACCAUUAGGCUCCAGAGUGGUGAGAUUCGCAGAAUUAGCAAGGACGCCUGUGCUACCGUUGGAAGGGCGAGCAACCCGAUGCACCAAUACCGCCAACUUGGUAAAGCUGGAAGGAGUCGAUGGUUGAACAUCAGACCGACAGUCCGUGGUGUUGCUAUGAACGCUAAUGACCAUCCUCACGGUGGUGGUCGUGGUAAAUCCAAGGGUCGGAGACACCCGACGAGUCCCUGGGGCACACUGGCUAAAGGUGGUUUCAAGACGAGAAGGACGAACAACCCUAACCGCUGGGUUGUUGUUCCUCGUGAGCGCAACAUGGGCAAGCGGAGAGCCAAGAAGACUUCCUCUUAA